GUCUAGGGACCGCGGGCCGCCGUGCGCUGCCUACCUGGAGGGACCGCGCCCGCCGCUGCCAUGUCCUGGGCCGCGCUCCUCGGCCUCCUGGCCGCGCUGCUGCUGCUGCUGCUGCUGACCCGCCGCCGCACGCGGCGACCUGGCGAGCCUCCCCUGGACCUGGGCAGCAUCCCCUGGUUGGGCCACGCCUUGGAGUUUGGGAGAGAUGCGGCCAGCUUCCUCGCUAGGAUGAAGGAGAAGCACGGCGACAUCUUUACCGUGCUGGUGGGGGGCCGGCACGUCACGGUGCUCCUGGACCCCCACUCCUACGAGAGGGUGGCAUGGGAGCCGCGCUCCCGGCUGGACUUCCACUCCUACGCCACCUUCCUCAUGGAGAGGAUCUUCGACGUGCAGCUCCCGCACUACAGCCCCACCGAGGAGAAGGCCCGGAUGAGACCGACGCUCGUCCACAGAGACCUGCAGGCGCUCACGGAAGCCAUGUUCACCAACCUCCGCUCCGUCCUCCUGGGCGACGCCACGGAAGGGGCCAGCGGCUGGCGGGAGGUGGGCCUCCUGGACCUCUGCUACGGCUCCCUGCUCAGAGCCGGCUACCUGACCCUGUAUGGAGUGGAGGCGUCCCCACACACCCAGGAGAGCCAGGCCCAGGACAGAGCCCACUCGGCCGACGUCUACCACACCUUCCGCCACCUGGACCUGAUGCUCCCCAAGCUGGCGCGAGGCUCCCUGUCAGUGGCGGAUAAGGACCGUGUGUGCAGCGUCAAAGCCCACCUGUGGAAGCUGCUGUCCCCCGUCCAGCUGGCCACUCGGGCCCAGCGGAGCAGCUGGCUGGAGAGCUACCUGCGGCACCUGGAGGAGCUGGGGGCAUCGGAGGAGAUGCAGGCGCGGGCCCUGGUGCUGCAGCUGUGGGCCACACAGGGAAACAUGGGCCCUGCUGCUUUCUGGCUCCUCCUCUUCCUUCUCAAGAAUCCCGAGGCCCUGGCUGCUGUCCGCGGGGAGCUCGAGCGCGUCCUCUGGAGAGCAGAGCAGCCCGUCUCCCAGAUGACCACCCUCCCGCAGAAGGUCUUAGACAACAUGCCCGUGCUCGACAGCGUGCUGGAUGAGACCCUCAGGCUCACGGCUGCACCCUUCAUCACCCGGGAGGUGGUGGUGGACAUGGCUAUGCCCAUGGCCGAUGGGCGGGAAUUCUCUCUGCGACGUGGUGACCGCCUCCUCCUCUUCCCCUUCCUGAGUCCCCAGAGAGACCCAGACAUCUACUCGGAUCCCGAGACGUUUAAAUACGACCGGUUCCUGAACGCCGACGGGUCGGAGAAAAGAGACUUCUACAAGGACGGGAAGCGGCUGAAGCACCCCAGCGUGCCCUGGGGGGCGGGCCACAACCAGUGCCUGGGCAGGGGCUACGCCGUCAGCAGCAUCAAGCAGUUCGUGGUCCUGGUGCUGACGCACUGCGACCUGGAGCUGAUCCGCGCCGACGUGGAGGUCCCCGAGUUCGACCUCAGCAGGUACGGCUUCGGCCUGAUGCAGCCGGAACUCGACGUGCCUGUGCGAUUCCGCGUCCGGCCCUGAUCUGCGCCCAUCUCCAGCCACCCUGCGCGGCUCUGCCUUCCUGCACCGCAUCGCCCUCUCCUGCUGCUCCAGAGGCUGUGUCCGCUGAGGGGACGAGGGGCUGGAGCUGCGAAGGACACAGCAGGAAAGACCGCAGAGGCUCCGGUCGCUGCAGACUUCCAGACUCCUCCUCCCCGGCUCGCCUUGCUCCUGUCACCUGGUGAUGUCCCCUGAAGCUAAUCCAGACAGGGCAGGGCCAUGAGUCCUGCUGCCAGGCCCCCAGCUCCACGGUGGUCCCUGUCCCAGCCCUUGACAACGAGUGUGGUCCAGGCGAAGCCGGUCAAAGCAGAUGCUGGCCUGGAGAGGCCCCUUGGACCCAGCAGUGUGUCCACAUCGCAGGCUCUGUCCCGCUUGCUAAGGUGUCCCUCAGGACCCCUCCCUCCCUGGGUGCCCCACUCACUGGACAGAGUCCCCCCACCGUUCACGGGACACCUGAGACCCCCGAGGAGCAGAGAGCCGGGUGUGGUCCCUAGGCCCUGCGGAGCGCUGGGCUCUGGGAGAGUCCUCUGAUGUGGGCUUCCCUGACUCGGGGACCAGGAGACAGGCCCCAGGUGGCUGAGGAGCCAGCGCACGGGGCGGGGGGGGGGUGGCUGAGCCCCUUGCUCCUGAGCAGACCCCCUGCCGCUGCACCGUCCCCCGCAGGCGGGUUUCCUUGGCUGACACUUCAGAGAGCCUGGACUUGGUUUUAGUUUGAAUCCCUCCGUCUGCGGGAGAGUGUGGUCCAGCUCUCCUGACAACCCGGGCGCUCUGGCCACACGGGCGCUCCGCAGGGCAUCGCGCAGGAGCCGAGUGCUGCCCUCUGCCUGGCCGGGCCUGGGCUCUGCUCCCCCAGCGUCGGGCUUGGUCGGCUCUGCCUCUCGGUACCUUCUGGCCCGGAGGGCACCCGAGUCUGAGGCCGUCUGGCUCUUAGAAGUGACGUCACAGGAGCAGAAGUGACGUCACGGGACCUGACCUGCCGGCCCCAGCCUUUGAACAAGCAGGUCAGUGAGGAAACCGACCUUUGCCUCAGCUUUAAGGAAGAACGGCGUCAGAAAAACAGCCUGCGAGCCCUGAUGGUGGCCGCAGGUGUUAUCGACAGCAGGUUCUGCUUAUCGGAUGCCCCUGGAGUGCUGUGACGGGCGAGCAGACAUGGAUUUCUGUUCCUUACAAUGUCUCUGUGCAGAGAGGACAGCGAUGCCCUCUUUGUACAUGGGAAAGCAGGCUCAAAGAGGUGCAGUGGGUUUCCUGGGGUCACACAGCUCAUCAACUGGUUGAACUGGGACCACACUUCUUGUUCUAGGAGCAAAUGGUGGAUGGGCUCAGGUUCCUCGGGGUCCAGGGCUGGUGGGGUGCCAUUCUGUCUGGCCUUGGAGUGCUGAGAGCCAGAGGCUUGAGUGUGGAUUCAUACCCUGAGCCGUAGAUGCAGACACAGAGCAAGUCCUCUGGCUUUAGGUGGACAGGAGAGGCCCCAGGGGUCCGUCUCUUCCAGGAGCAGUGCGGGGUGUGGGGCUUCCCCAGCCCCCUGUCGCCAGGCAGCCCCGGAUUCCCAGACAGACGGUGUGAUUGGCAGGAGGCUGGAUAUCCCCGGGGAGACCCAUCUCCACGCCUGGGUGACCCCGCCGCCGCCUGCUUCUUAACUCUGCAGGAAAUCAGAGCUGGCAGCCUCCUGUGGGAGGACAGCCGGUUUCCAUGGCAACCCUCGCUGCCGCCUCGCUGCUGGGGGGGAAGGAAGGAAGCCAGCGGAAGAGCCCGGAGGUCCCCGGCUGCAGCCUGGCGUGUGCCCGGGGAGGACCUGCUGACUCCCCCCGAGGCUGGGCCGGGCUGUCCCCCAGGCUGGACCGGGCUGUCCCCGAGGCUGGGUUCUCCCCUUAUAUCGGGAACGGCUCCAGGAGAAGAGGCUCUCCCUGCGGCCGAGGCGCUGGAGCAGGGGGUUAACUGCUCUUGCUUCAGUCUUUAGAAUUUUUCUUGACUUUUCUUUUCUCCCUUUUUUCCUUUUAAUAAGUGUUAAGAAUGGAGAGAGAUGGUGGCACAGUGCUAGCUGCAGGGCUAGGAAGGCCCGGGUGUCGCACCUCCUCCUGCCUCCCUGGGAACCGCGGGCCGCAGGCGUUAGUCAUCUGGGUUGAAAGGUCGUUGGAGAGGGGUCCUCAGCCCUGUCCUUACUGGCUGUUUCUCUUUUUUCUUCUUUUUUUUUCCCUUUCCUGUAUUUUAAGUUGUUUUCCAAAUAUUCUCCUUUAGGCAGACUCACUUUUUAAAUUUAAAUUUGUCUUCCGGUUGCUGCCAGUAAUGGCCAACGUGCGCUCACUGCCCAAAAUAGAAAACGACUGAAAAAGAACUGGGCUGGGGAGGGGCUGGGGCCCGUGGCCAAGGCCCAGAGCCCCGCAAGGCCAGGGCUGCCGGCGGACUGGCCACUUCUCCUUGGUGAGCACACAAGGUCCCAGGCUGAGGGGCAGGACUGUCCCCGUGGGGGCCUCGCAGGGGCAUGUGCUCCACCAGGGGGCGCCACUCACAGCAGCUGGACUCGCCACCUGCCCCCUCCAGACAGGCCCCCAGGGGCAGCGGCCUCGCCCCAAGUAAUUGACUUGGAUGUUCUUGCUGUCUUAGUAAACACCGCGGUUCCCGAGUGCGCGACUGCUAGGCCUUCCUCGUUUAAUAAAGAUUCUAUUUUCAUAUAACAUUUGAGUGGAAGGGGGCUAAAUCUAUUAAACCAGCUUGUUUGUGGA